UUGAAAAACACCGAAUGGACAGAAGCUAAAAAAACCUGCCGACCUGUUAGCGACUUGUCUUCACGUUUAGUGCUUUUAACGUUAAACGUUUACUAACCUAUACGUUUACAGUGCUUCGGUUUGGCGGGAGUUUGUGAAACAACAUGGAAGAACUCUUCAGCAAAGUGUUACAGUUGAACGUGAGGUGCAGGGACUGUGAGGAAAGAAAAGCAAAUAUUCGCGUCACCAUCGAGCUUCAGUUGACAACAAGUCCAGUGCACAAAAGGGAUCUUCUAGUCAGACUAACAGAUGAUCUAGAUCCAUAUUUUCUCUUCAACCUCUCAAUAUCGGAGGAAGAUUUCCAAAGUUUGAAAGUCCAGCAGGGGCUGCUGAUAGACUUUGCAUCAUUUCCUCAGAAGUUCAUUGACCUGCUUAAUCUGUGCUAUUCUGAACAAGAGUCCGACUUUCCAAGGUUUCUCCUGCACCUGUCAUGUCAGUCUCCAGUGCUGGAAGGCCCCGCCAACUUCAGUGUUGUAGAGACAAAUGCGUUCAAACACCUCAAUCACUUGUCUUUACGACUUGCUCAAGGGUCCGACAAAGACAUUAAAGACUAUUUGGCAGUGUGUCUCUCAUCCCUGAAGGUAGAGAAGCAGGCACUGGAGGUGAAGCUUAAGAAGACUGAAGAUGAUCUCUCCAGGCAGCUGAGUUAUGCUCAACAGACUCUGUCUGAGAAGACGAAGGAGCUGGACAAACUGCGUUCAGAGUGGACGAGUCAAAGCAGCUCCCUGUCCAGCCGUUAUUCUCAGGAGUUACAGUCAGAGAGAGAGAAGUCUGUAGAGCUGCAGGGCAGACUUCAGCUGCAGACAGAGCAGCUCCGUCAGGACCUGGAGAGUGCUCAUAAGAAGAGCAGCCAGGAGCUGCACAGCAGACUGACCGAGCUGGAGGCGUCGUGCAGAGAGCUGACGGAGAGGAAAUACAAGAACGAGUCUGUCAUCAGGGACCUGAAGAUUAAACUAGUGGGAGCAGAGGAGGAGUGUCAGCGUUCAAAGCAGCAGGUCCUGUCUCUCAGGAGGGAGAACAGCACUCUGGACACGGAGGUCCAUGAGAAGGAGCGUGUGGUGAGCCAGCUGCAGAUGCGAGUCGCCGUUCUGGAGCAGGAGAUCAAAGAUAAGGAUCAGCUGAUGCGCCGCACGAAAGAGGUGCUGGAAGCCACUCAGCAGCAGAAGGAAUCAGUGGAAGAAAAUGCUGAAAGUAAAGAACUUCAGAUUAGAAAACUUGAAGCAACAGUGAAAUCUCUGUCUGAGGAGCUGAUCAAGGCGAACGGUAUCAUUAAAAGGCUUCAGGGAGAGGUCCGAGGACUCGUUGGGAAAAUAAAAGUCAAAAACACUGUGACUGUGUCUCAGGAGAAGGUUCUCCAGGACACAUCGGAGAAACUGCAGAAGGUUGAAAAGGAUCUGCAGAGCUCUCAGCAGCAGCUCGGUACCAAGGAUGAGCAGGUUACAAAAUUGAAGGAGCAGCUGGAGAUGACGGUACAGAAGCUGAAUGAAAGCAGAGAAGUGUUAAAAACAAACGAGAAUGUUAUAAAUUGGCUGAACAAGCAGCUGAAUGAAAAGCAGCUGUCCAGAAACCCACAGUCCACCGAGUCCUUGGAGAUCCCUUCAGUUUUAUCCACCACCGCAGGACUGAGGGCGCAGUUUUAUCCUCAGACAGUCAAACCUGUUGUGUCUCCCGUGACGACUGCUGAUGUCACUCCAGCUGAGCAGCGAGCAGCGCAGCCCUCCAUCAGACAGACCGGAGACUUCGCAGGUCUGGAUUCUAAAUACUUUGAGAAGAGAGAUGAUAGCAUCCCGAUCUACGGCCUGUCGUCUAAUCUGCUUCAUAGAGAGUUUCCUCAGAGAACGAAGCCUCCUGCAGCUUCUGCUUACUUCACUGCAUGAAGCAGAAACUCUCUAAAGACAGAAAAGCUUUAAUUUCAGCUUCAGUUGGAAGAAAAAACAUCAAAAACUCACCAUCUGCUUUAUGUCUUCAGCUCCCGACAAACUGUGACUGACCUGCGGUGCUACAUGAACUUGUUUUUAAGUAGCUAUUGUUGUUAUUUUAAUUUAUAUGCUAAUGCUCUACAUGUCUGUCUCUGAUUUUGUGCCUCAAGUAAAUGCCAUUAAAACCCCACGGUCGAUUCCUGUGAUCAUAGAGAAUGUAUUAAUGCCUUUUUUUUGUCUAUUUAUCCUCAUACAUUGUCAUCCUUCAAUGUUUAUAUGGUUUGUUCUCUGUUGUAUGUCAGUUAUUGAGUGUAGUCCUUAAUAAACUUAACAUCCUCA